UUGGAGCGCGCUGCGCCGGCUGGAUCGGAGGGGGCGGCGCGGCGGAGUCUCCAGUGGCCUCGGACGCUCCUUCGCGCCCGCGGCCGCCGCCCGCCUCCGCCUGCUCCUUCGUCCUGGCCGGGCCCGGCCGCCACUUCCGGCCGCUCACCUGGGACGCGCUCACCUGCCUCCGGGCGCCUGGGCACCAGGAUGAAGGACCGGCUGGAGCAGCUGAAGGCCAAGCAGCUGACACAGGAUGACGACGAUGCAGAUGAGGUCGAAAUUGCUAUUGACAACACAGCUUUCAUGGAUGAGUUCUUUUCUGAGAUUGAGGAAACUCGACUCAACAUUGACAAGAUCUCAGAGCACGUGGAGGAAGCUAAGAAGCUCUACAGUAUCAUUCUGUCUGCACCCAUUCCAGAGCCAAAAACCAAGGAUGACCUGGAGCAGCUCACGACUGAGAUCAAGAAAAGGGCCAACAAUGUCCGGAACAAACUGAAGAGCAUGGAGAGGCAUAUUGAAGAAGAGGAGGUCCGGUCGUCAGCAGACCUUCGGAUUCGGAAAUCCCAGCACUCCGUCCUCUCCCGGAAGUUUGUGGAGGUGAUGACCAAAUACAACGAGGCUCAGGUGGACUUCCGUGAACGCAGCAAAGGGCGAAUCCAGCGGCAGCUCGAGAUCACCGGCAGAAAGACAACAGAUGAGGAGCUGGAGGAGAUGCUGGAGAGUGGGAACCCUGCCAUCUUCACCUCGGGGAUCAUCGACUCUCAGAUUUCCAAGCAAGCGCUCAGUGAGAUCGAGGGACGGCACAAGGACAUCGUGAGGCUGGAGAGCAGCAUCAAGGAGCUUCACGACAUGUUCGUGGACAUCGCCAUGCUGGUGGAGAACCAGGGUGAGAUGUUAGAUAACAUAGAGUUGAAUGUCAUGCACACGGUGGACCACGUGGAGAAGGCUCGGGAGGAAACAAAAAGAGCCGUGAAGUACCAGGGUCAGGCCCGGAAGAAAUUGAUAAUUAUCAUUGUGGUAGUGGUUGUGUUGCUGGGCAUUUUAGCGUUGGUUAUUGGACUUUCCGUUGGGCUGAAGUAAGGGCGGCCCGGGAGGCUGCUGCCCUGAAAUGUGUGUGGCUUGUGGCCAAGCCUUACUGUUGCUCUUCGCUGCCACUCUGGGCGCUGACCAGCUCCUCCUCCCCCUGCCUCUUGUAGAGCCCAUUUCACCCCAGCCUGGUGUGGCCGCCCUUGUCUUCAGAUGGGAACGGAGUGUGAAUGACCUUCCUGAGAGAGAGUGGGACCUGUUCCCUUGUUUUCAUGUAACCAACCUUGGACCUGACCCAGCAAGCAAUCUAGCCCAGGAGAAAUCUAAACUACUGAUGCAGCCCUCAGAACCUUCUCCUGCCCCACCAACUCUGAAGCACCUCCUCCUGGACCAUAGGAACUGCCCCAGCUUCUCCUUCUCCCCUCUGAUGUGUCAAAUUAUGCCCUGCACCUUGGAGAGCCUACCUGAGACCUCCCCAAGGUGCUGUAUUUUCUACCUCAUGGAGUGUUCUCCUCCCCAGAGUCGCAGUGUAUUUUUUUUGGUGGUGGUGGGGGGGCUAUCUUUAACAAAGCAAGGAGAUUCUUCCAAGUUUGGCAACAAUAAGGCUUGGACCCGAGUCUUCUACCUGGCAGGAUCCCAGUCCUCAUGACUCGUUGUCCCUGUCCUGAAAGUAGGAGGGACUGGCAGAGGUCGUUCUGGUCUUGGAAGCUGACUUCUUGUUUGAAAUUCAGCCUCAAAUUAAGCUCUUAGUGUGUUCAGCUCGAUGGCCAACUCGAUCUCUGUCUAUGUUGUACUCCCUCAUGUUGACUCAAGGAGGCGCUGCCAUGAGACAGUCGUCUGAGGUUACCGUCUGUAAAGGCUGGGGGUAUGGAGUAACUGUUUCCGUGUCUCAGUCUUGGGAACUGGCUGUUUACUGUUAGACUGAUGCUUUGUGAAGCCAUUGCCUUGAGGCCCAGAAUAACCAGGCACUAAAAUUAGGCCAGGGUCGAGGUGCUUGAGUCUCAGGCUCUGGGAAUGUUUCAGACUGGGGCGAGUAUGAGUAUUCAGUCAUUUCAUGUGUUCCAAGUGUAUUUUUAUAAUCGUGUGUGUGAGAUGUAUGUACAUAUAUGUAUGUGUCUCUCAGGAAGUAGGAAACUGGAAAUGAGAAUAUUAUAACCUCAAAAAAAUAACUUGAGCUAGGCUAAAAAUUAGGUAAGAGACAUUUGCUUACCUGCAAAUGAAUCAUGGUAGAAAUGUGAUCUUCCCACAUCAUCGGGAAACCUGCUCUUUUCUUCACAAGUGCUCGGAGAAUCACAGAUGGUUGGGGUGAGGACUAACUUGAUCCCCAUUAGGUUUUUAGCAGACAGAAGGUGGGACAAGCUCGACACCUCUCCCCGCUUGCUGCCUGGGCGAGGCUUGUCCUGAGAACGUCCCACAGCAAUUUGGUACCGUUCAUGUGACCUUUGGGACGUCCUGUCUCCAGGGCGGAGUCAGCUCGGGGAGGCCAGGGUCUACUCAGCAGCUGUUCCUGCUCCCACAUUAAUGAGCUUCAUAGAUGCUUUGUCGCCCCCACUUGUCAUGGAGCAAACAGAAGCCAGGAAAUUUUUAAGUGUAGUGACCGUGCUGAGCCAGUGUGAGCCCCUUAGAUUCCCUGCUGGUCUCUGCCAGCCUCCCGGAUUGAUAUUUCAGCUUUGACUUUAAUGCCUUCUAGGACAGGGUAAGCACCCUAACCCAGGCAUGGUCCAUUGGCUUCCUCUGCAAAGGAAUGAUUACUCCUAAUCAUUGCCCAGCACUUGGACAGAGCCAAGGGGACGCCCUCUUGCCUAUGGCUGUGAUGUCCAGCAGGCCUGGCCCCAGCAACGAGGGCAGACAAGCUUCAAUCACAGACAGAUCUUUGCUCUCCUGAGAUUGAGGCCUGGGGCUUAUAGUUUGGAAUACAAGUGAAGGGAUUUUUGUUCUUUCUUUGUACUUUUUUUUUUUUUUUAAAAAUGUAAACUUGAUUAUUUUAUUGCUAAUUUAAAAAUAAAUGACUUUGAUUGUGAAACAGUUCUGGCUCGAUGUCCCUGUAAAACACUUGGUGGCUGCCACCAUGUGGUGACUUUCGUUUAGGUUUCGGAAAGGGGUUAAUUAUUUUUUUAACCAUGUGCUAGAUCAGAUGGAUCAAAAGUUCUAAUUUUUGAAAAUGGUUUAACUCUCAUAGAGUGCAGUGUAACUGUAUUUGAGUCUUAGAUUUCAAGGGAUUCCCCCCCAGAAGACUUCAGCUGACUCACUGAGAGUAUCUGGCUCUGGGGGAAAGUGGGGUAAAUCUGAUAUGAUGGCAGAACAACAUACGAAACAUCCUCUGAGCUUGCUGUUGAUCUGAUUUUUGCGUCUCUCACCGAGAAGUAACAUUUCUCUUAGUACCCUGGGUUCUAGAAGCCAGAUCCAUCUCCCUUUACCUUCACAUCUGCUUCCAUGCCCAGACCCACCCUUGUCUCCCUUCCUCUGGAACCCCCUCUGCAGUGACACUGUUUCUCACGUGCUCUUUCUUUCCUUGUCUGGAUGAGCAGAAGAAGAUAAUGAUCAUGAUCUGCUGUGUUAUCCUUGUGAUCAUCUUAGCUUCUACUAUUGGGGGCAUAUUUGCCUGAAAAAAAAAACCCAAAACAAAACAGGUGAGCCAUCUGUGGGGAGGGUCAGGCCUGUUUUCGCUCGAGAUGCUUGUGUCCUGAGGGCUUUGGUUGUCACCAGGUGCCUUAAUCUGUGUGGGAUUGGGUGCUGGAAUAAACGUUGGAGAAAACCAAGAAGAACGAGUGAAGAGGGAGUUGGUAGGGAACAGGUAGGCGGGGAGACAGAAGGUGGCAGUCUGUCCCGUAAGCAGGUCUGGUAGCAGAGUGUUUUGUUCAGAAUGCUUUGCAUAAGGGUGUUGAUUUCCUGUCGUGAAAUCUGGGCAUUGGCAUGUGGGAGCGGCAGGGGAGAAAGAAUUCAUUAUUACAUUAGAAGCACCCUGAACUCUUUGGAAGAGGGCCACACAGGGAGCCCAAAGGAAAUAUCAAUAAAAUUUUCCCCUUAUGAGGUUAGGACAGGUUUUGCAGCCUUGUGAGUAGUUCCUUACCCCUGUAGACAGGCUUGGUGAUCCUAGCCCCACACGUUUUGCUGUAUAAUCUAUGAUUUUUUUCUCUCCGUUUUUGUUAUCCCCUUCAGUCCUCACAGAUGGAUGCUCACUUGGCAUUUUCGAUUCUUCUUCCACCUCUGUGGUGCCAUCCCUUCUCCGCUGCAGAUUCCUCAAAAGCUCUUCUUUCCAUUAUGAAACCUCUUAGGACACAGGACCUCAACCACCUACCAGUUAAAAGUUACGCAAAGGGAGAUUUACAAAAAUAUGGACUUGGGUGGCAGGCAGGGGUGAAUUCGGAACAGGGAGUACAGCACUGUGUCGCAGGUUAGGAGGAUGGUUAAAGGAGGAGACUGCAGGGUAGAGGAGAAAGCAUACGUACCUGUUUAGGAAAUAAACUUGGAGCCAGAGCCCACGCUGACGUUAUGGCUGAAGCACACCCGCUCAUCAGGAUCUGAUUUUAACUGCUGGGAGUCAGUCAGGAUCAGGGCACUUGCUACUUCUGCUCUUCCAGUUCUAGGUCUCACCUUUGACCAACGCUCUGUCUCCUUCCUUCUUCAGGGUCCAACAUUCUCUGAGGUGUGAUUGUCUCACGAUAGGCCCCAGGCACGUCUCCCUCACUGCUGUGUCCCCAGUGCUUAGCACAGUGCCUGCCACUUAUAGCUGCUCGAGUCUGUUGACUUUAUCUGAAAUUAAGCUCUGAUUUCUGCUAUGGCCAAGUCCUUGGACUUGCCUCUUAAACGCUUUAAGGCAUCAGUGGGAAAUGGUCUCUGUCACAGGCUGUGUAGAAAUGCCUGGGAAUGGUCGAUCCACCCACGCAGAAGCACAGCAGGCCCCACUUUCACAACAUAUACUUUAAAGUCCUUUUUUUUACGGGAGGUGGUGAGAGAGUUGUCAGCGGCCUCUUACUUUGCAGAGAUGGCUGGCCCCCGGAUUGUGGUUCAGUAAUUAAAUGUGGACCCCAAAAGAAACACGUUAUGCUGUGAUUGAACGCCCAACAGUCACGAAUACCAUGCUCUGUGAACCCUAACAAACAAGAGGUGACAAAGGUCAGAAAAAAGAGGCUGUCACUCACACCCCUUGUCACUGAUUCACGUUGCCAGCUGAAACUGGCUUUGUUGGCCAGCAACUUGUGUACAAGAAACUGUUCCAAACACUGUCCCCAAUUCAAGGUUCAGGUGUGUUCUAAUGCAAUUUAGUGAUUAGUUAUAGUACAAGAGGUUCACUAAGAAUAUAUUAAAAAAUCACGGUAUACAAUUCUCGAGGACCACAUAACUGCUUAAAUUUGUACUUUUCAAAGUAAAUUAUUUGCCGGAGGUCUUACUUUUUAAGAAAGUGGGAUUUAAAAAAUUGACAUUUUAGUCAGUGUGCUGUUUUCUGCCCACUUUCAAAGCAAAUGGUUUAAUAUUUUUCCUAUCAAUCUGUAUUUCCUUUGGUUUGAAUACAGGAUAGAAACCAUUGCUGGCUAGCUCUGAAAAAAUAGAUGAAUUUUGUUAAAGGCAAACAGGGAGCUGGAACCACGUGGCUUUGAAUCACCCAGGGCCCUUGUUCAUUCAACAGUAAUGAUUUGAGUGCUGUGUGGCACCCUGCACUGUGCUAGGACCUGUAGGGACACAGAUAUAGAGCCAAAUACCCACCAUCCCCAGAGGGUUUCAGGCCUAGGAAAGAUCACACCAUUCAGGUUUUGUUUCUAUCAGUUCCUUUUGGUAAAAGGCAAGGGUAUGUCUGUUGCCGUACUGUCCAACA